AUGGAGAAGCUGCUAAUGGUGUGGUUAACGGAGAAGCAGCUCGCAGGAGAUACCGUGACGAAGGCUAUAAUCUGCGAGAAGGCACGAGCUAUUUACGCUGAUUUGCUGCAGCAGACCCCAGGCACUUCAAUAGAUGAGGCAUCGGGCGAGCCGUUUAAAGCCAGUCGGGGCUGGUUUGAAAAUUUUAAAAAGAAGACCGGCAUUCACUCUGUUGUCAGACAUGGUGAGGCAGCGAGCAGGGAUAUAAAGGCAGGUGAGGAUUACCUCAAAACGUUUGCUGAAAUUAUAGCAGCAGAAGGAUACAUCCCCCAGCAAGUCUUCAACUGUGAUGAGACAGGACUCUUCUGGAAGAAGAUGACAAGGAGAACUUAUACAAAGGCAGAAGAGAAGAGGAUGCCAGGCCACAAACCCAUGAAGGAUAGGCUAACCCUCGCACUGUGUGCCAAUGCCAGCGGCGACUGCAAGAUUAAGCCGCUGCUCGUUUAUCAUUUGGAAAACCCCAGAGCCUUUAAGUCACAUAAGAUUCUGAAAGAAAAACUGCAGGUUAUGUGGAAGGCAAACCCGAGGGCGUGGGUCACCAGGCAGAUCUUUGUGGAGUGGGUGAAUUUGGUCUUUGGUCCUGACGUUAAGAAAUAUCUCCAGGAAAAUAACCUACCCCUGCAAGCUCUUCUUGUCCUGGACAAUGCACCUGCUCACCCACCUAACCUGGAAGGUGACAUCCUCGAAGAGUUCAAGUUUAUAAAGGUUCUCUACCUUCCACCUAACACCACCCCUAUCCUGCAGCCAAUGGACCAGCAGGUGAUUUCUAAUUUCAAGAAGCUCUUCACCAAACACCUGUUCCGCCACUGCUUUGAGGUGACGGAGAGCACAAACCUCACCCUUCGAGAGUUCUGGAAGGACCACUAUAACAUCAGAGUUAUCGAUAUGGCCUGGCAGGGUGUUACAAAGAGGACCUUGACUUCUGCGUGGAAGAAGCUGUGGCCUGAGGUAGUGUCUGAAAUGGAUUUUGAAAGCCUUGAACCCGAAGCGGCAGUGGUGGAGGAGAUUGUAUCCCUCGGCAAGUCCAUGGGCCUGGACGUGGAUGAAGGUGACAUCAACGAGCUCAUCGAGGAGCACUCUGAGGAACUGACAACGCAGGAACUAAAGGAGCUACAGACGCAGCAGCACACGGAGGUUUUGCAGGAAAUAGAUGACACGGAGGAGGAGGAGGAGUUCCGCAUUGCCUACUGGAUAAAGACCAAGCUCCUUUGCCCAACAGACCCCGCCUGUCAGCCACCAUCUGUCCCGCUCACCUCUCUGACCCUGCGACACAUUACAUGA